GGGACGGAGGAGGCAGCGGGACCCGCCGAGCUACUUUAGUCCACCACUCGCGUAAAACACCAUUUUCCCUGAAAACAAACAAAAACAGUGAUUCUGUUAUUGGUAACUUAGCUUUCGGGUUCGCGCAUGCAUCUCAGCACGCCCGAAAAGCAAAAGUAAUCACGCUGCGAGUGGCGAGUUGUGCUUAAAAACACAGCAACUAAAAUGUAUCCGAGUGGAGCAGCUGGCGUUCCUGAGAUGUGUGAGGGCCUUCCCUCUUCGGGGUCAGUAGGUUCUGCUCCUCCAUCUCCUCCAUCACAUGAGUAUGUGUUCAAACCACCCCAGCGGCCAGACUUUGGCACCAUGGGCAGGACAAUCAAAUUGCAGGCCAACUUCUUUGAGAUGGACAUCCCCAAAUUGGAGAUGUACCAUUAUGACAUUGACAUCAAACCUGAGAAGUGCCCCCGGAGGGUCAACCGUGAAAUUGUUGAGCACAUGGUCCAGCACUUUAAAACGCAGAUCUUUGGUGAUCGAAAGCCUGUGUAUGACGGGAGGAAAAAUUUGUACACGGCAAUGCCUUUACCCAUAGGGAGAGACAAGGUGGAGCUGGAAGUGACUAUACCUGGAGAAGGGAAGGACAGAAGCUUUAAAGUGGCCAUAAAGUGGGUUUCCUGUGUCAGCCUGCAAGCUCUUCAUGAAGCAUUGUCUGGACGGCUGCCAAGCAUCCCUUUUGAGACCAUUCAGGCUCUAGACGUUGUCAUGAGACAUUUGCCCUCCAUGAGGUACACGCCUGUUGGUCGCUCAUUCUUCACACCUUCGGAGGGCUGCUCCAACCCCCUUGGUGGUGGGAGGGAAGUCUGGUUUGGCUUCCAUCAGUCUGUUCGACCAUCCCUUUGGAAAAUGAUGCUCAACAUUGAUGUGUCGGCCACUGCGUUCUAUAAAGCCCAACCAGUGAUUGAGUUUAUGUGUGAGGUUUUGGAUUUUAAAAGCAUCGAAGAACAACAGAAGCCUCUAACAGAUUCCCAGAGAGUGAAGUUUACCAAGGAGAUAAAGGGUUUGAAAGUGGAGAUCACACACUGUGGGCAGAUGAAGAGAAAGUACAGAGUUUGUAAUGUCACCAGGAGACCAGCAAGCCACCAGACGUUCCCCCUACAGCAGGAGAAUGGACAGACCAUUGAAUGCACUGUGGCACAAUACUUCAAAGACAAAUACAAACUGGUACUUCGGUACCCUCAUCUCCCAUGUUUACAGGUUGGCCAAGAGCAGAAACAUACCUACCUUCCUCUUGAGGUUUGUAACAUAGUGGCUGGACAGCGAUGCAUCAAAAAACUGACAGACAAUCAGACCUCUACUAUGAUUCGUGCCACAGCACGGUCAGCCCCUGACCGACAGGAUGAAAUCAGCAAACUGAUGAGAAGUGCCAACUUUAAUACUGAUCCUUAUGUGCGUGAGUUUGGGGUUAUGGUGAGAGACGAGAUGACUGAAGUGAAUGGCCGGGUCCUCCAAGCACCUUCGAUUCUAUAUGGAGGAAGGAACAAGGCAAUAGCUACCCCAAUCCAAGGCGUGUGGGACAUGAGAAACAAACAGUUCCAUACUGGCAUAGAGAUCAAAGUGUGGGCCAUUGCCUGCUUUGCUCCACAGAGGCAAUGCACAGAACUCCUGCUGAAAGCGUUCACAGACCAGCUGCGUAAGAUCUCACGUGACGCAGGCAUGCCCAUCCAAGGCCAGCCUUGCUUCUGUAAGUAUGCCCAGGGAGCUGAUAGUGUGGAGCCCAUGUUCAAGCAUCUGAAGUACACCUACCAAGGUCUGCAGCUGGUCGUGGUCAUUCUGCCAGGAAAGACUCCUGUCUAUGCGGAGGUGAAGCGUGUUGGGGACACAGUUUUGGGAAUGGCCACGCAGUGUGUCCAGGUGAAGAACGUUCAGAAAACCACACCUCAGACCCUCUCCAACCUCUGCCUGAAGAUUAACGUUAAGCUGGGUGGAGUCAAUAACAUUCUUCUUCCACAGGGCAGGCCUUUGGUGUUUCAGCAGCCGGUCAUUUUUCUGGGUGCAGAUGUGACUCAUCCUCCAGCAGGUGAUGGAAAGAAGCCCUCCAUUGCUGCAGUGGUUGGCAGCAUGGAUGCCCAUCCCAGCCGAUACUGUGCUACAGUGCGGGUCCAGCAGCAUCGACAGGAUAUCAUUCAGGACUUGGCUGCGAUGGUCAGAGAGCUCUUGAUCCAGUUUUACAAGUCCACCCGCUUCAAACCCACACGUAUCAUCUACUACAGAGAUGGGAUUUCAGAAGGUCAAUUUCACCAGGUUCUACAACAUGAGUUACUGGCAAUCCGUGAGGCCUGCAUCAAGCUGGAGAAGGACUACCAGCCUGGUAUCACUUUUGUGGUGGUCCAGAAGAGACAUCAUACUAGGCUUUUCUGCAUGGACAGGAAUGAGAGGGUUGGAAAGAGUGGGAAUAUUCCUGCUGGCACCACAGUUGACACAAAAAUCACUCAUCCAUCAGAAUUUGACUUUUACCUUUGCAGCCAUGCUGGGAUUCAGGGGACUAGCAGACCAUCUCACUACCAUGUGUUGUGGGACGACAACCAUUUCACCUCGGAUGAGCUGCAGGUGCUCACUUACCAGCUCUGCCACACCUAUGUACGCUGUACUCGCUCUGUAUCCAUCCCUGCACCAGCCUAUUAUGCCCACCUCGUGGCUUUCCGUGCUCGCUACCACCUAGUAGACAAAGAACAUGACAGUGCUGAAGGCAGCCAUACGUCAGGACAGAGUAAUGGCCGAGACCAGCAGGCCCUGGCCAAAGCUGUGCAGGUCCAUCAGGACACGCUGCGUACCAUGUACUUUGCCUGAGCCCAGCCAGAGUUCAGUCCCAAAACACCUCGUACGUGUAUGUUCAGUGUGCCACUUUUAUCUUAUGGGUUUCCUCAGAAGGAGAAGAAAUUCCCCAAUGUUUUUGGAGUCUAAGUCUCCACGUAGGUAAUUCCAAAUAUUUUAAACAUUCAAAAAUUUUCUCCAUGUAUUUAUUACAGAUGUGAGAGAAGAUUUUUUUUUUUUUGUUUUUCCCAUUUUGUUUUAAGAAGGAGCUGAGGGCAGGUGAAUCUUUGUUAUAUAGGUUUAUGUUGUAAGCUAGGGGUUGACCUGUUUACAUAGAAAAUCAACUCAGUUUCAAAAUACGUUUUACACUGACAAUUCUGAUUUUGCAUUGGAAAGGUUUAUUAUUAUUAUUAUUAUUAUUGUUAUUGUUAUUAUCAUUAUUAUUAUUAUUAUUAUAAUGCCAAGUCAGAUUGUAGAGAUUUUAAAAUAGUACUUUUGAACAAAUUAUUACACCAUUGAGGUUGCAAGAAAGUAUCGCACAGAUCAUGUUCCGGGGUUGUUGAGUUGCAGUCUCCAUGGCUGUAUUCUCAGCAAAGUGCACUGACUAAACGAGCACAACUUCAGGACACAAGUACUUAUUUUGUUUUUAUGUUUCAUUUCUGUGUACUAACACAAAUCUCAAUGUUGUCUUUUUUUGUUAGUCCUGAAUUUGUUCAGUCUACCGUAACACCUUGCGUAACAACUGACUGACUGGGGGGUGUUGAUAAAGAUUGUGUUUUUAUUGGAAACAAACUCUUUAGAAUGUGUGAUAAAAAAAAAUUGGAACCGUUUUAGUGGAACAGUAGAAUUCUUAUCAGCUUAAAAUUUUGCCAUUCUCUCACCAUGAGAGAGUGUUUUGACAAUCAGCUGUCUGGGCCUAAACAGGCUGCGAUAGCUCGUGCAGGACAGGCUCCUGUCAGUGACACCCACCCUAUUUUUGAGCCAAGUUUGUCAAUAAGGAAUCUGUUCUGAUCAGUUCAGUAUCCUUCUUUGAUACGAUGGUAUCCUGUGCGUGUUUUUUCCCUAACAUUUUCAUUUUAAGGGUGAGCAUUUAGACUAUAGAGAGAUUACUAAUGUUUUUAUACUCUUAUCAUUUAGAUGAGAAGUUAUUCUCUUUUUACUGCUGAAUUGAUAUAUUGGUUGCUGUGAGAAGAAUUGCUUCGGAUUAUGGGUGUAUUCGUUUUGAGUCAGUCUGGUGUUAGGAUGUAAAGGAAGGAUUUUACUACCCACUUAAAGUACAACUCUGUGAUUCUUUCAGCUCUGUGGAAUUGGUUGUGCCAGAGAUAUCUCACUUUGCCGUGUAGUGAGUUCAGGAUCAUAGCUGGUGCUCCUGAAAGCCUUGUAUGUACUGUGUGGUUCAGUGAAGGGCCAAGGUUGGAGAAAAUCUCUUUAUGAUAGACACUGGGCUGCACACUGCCAUUCCUCAGCACACCACAUCCACAUAUGCUGAUGGCUCAUGCAACCAUGGCCUUAACUGUAGGGAGGUCUUGUGAGUUAAGGGAAAGUAUUUUAAAAACUUUUUAUAUGUCUAACUAGCCACAUUAUUCACUGAGUCACAUUGGAGGUGAAAAUUCUUGUCUGAAUGUGUUAUGCACCUUAAUUUUUUGCCCAAAUGUUAAUAACGAAGCAAGAGCCUUUACCAUAGAUUUGUGCGAUUUCUUUACCUCCUUUAAUGUUGGAGGUCUUUUCAGGAGCUUUUAUAGUGCCACAGGGUUUGGCUAGUAGGCAAGUGUUUUUUAG